UUUUUUUUAAUUAUUUUCUGGUUGUUUUUCGCUUCGACAUGAUACGUUUCAACAUACACGGUAUCAUAAAGUAGCUUGCAAAUAUGAUUUACCUAAAAUUGGUUUAAAUGCGCCCCUCUGUGGUCAAAUUAUUAUUAUUUUGGGUCAACGCCGGUCCGGUGCACACACACUAUGAGGACCCGCCAAAUACACACCCACAAGUAGACACAUGAUAGGCCUGCUAGGCAACCAGUUUAGCUAGCUAGCUAGUGUUGCAGGUAUAUUGUAGCUAGUUGUAAUCAUGUUUGUAGCGCGUAGUAUCGCAGCAGAUCAUAAAGAUCUAAUUCAUGAUGUGUCGUAUGAUUUUCACGGCCGGAGGAUGGCAACUUGCUCCAGUGACCAAAGUGUCAAGGUUUGGGACAAAAGUGAGAAUGGAGAGUGGCACUGCACAGCCAGCUGGAAGACACACAGUGGAUCAGUGUGGAGAGUGACCUGGGCUCAUCCAGAAUUCGGGCAGGUUCUGGCCUCCUGCUCCUUCGACAGGACCGCUGCCGUCUGGGAAGAGAUUGUAGGGGAGUCCAACGACAAGCAGAGAGGACUGAGCCACUGGAUAAAGAGAACCACUCUAGUGGACAGUAGAACCUCAGUGACUGAUGUGAAGUUUGCCCCUAAACACAUGGGCCUGAUGUUGACCACCUGCUCUGCGGACGGAGUAGUGAGGAUCUACGAGGCUCCUGAUGUGAUGAACCUGAGUCAGUGGUCCCUGCAGCACGAGAUCUCCUGCAAGCUCAGCUGCAGCUGCAUCUCUUGGAAUCCCUCAAGCUCUCGAGCCCACCCGCCAAUGUUUGCAGUGGGGAGCGAUGACAGUAAUGUGACGUAUGGUGGGAAAGUUCAGAUCUAUGAAUAUAAUGAAAAUACAAGGAAAUAUGCUAAAGCAGAGACGCUGAUGACCGUCACUGAUGCAGUCCAUGACAUUGCAUUUGCUCCAAACCUGGGGAGGUCUUUCCACGUGCUCGCCAUUGCAACAAAAGAUGUCCGAAUCUUUAAGCUUGUUCCUAUGAGAAAGGAGAGCACCUCUACGGGACCCACCAAGUUGGAGGUGCAGAUUGUGGCUCAGUUUGACAACCACAACUCCCAGGUGUGGCGUGUGAGCUGGAACAUCACCAGCACCCUGCUGGCCUCCUCCGGCGAUGAUGGCUGUGUGCGCCUCUGGAAAGCUAACUACAUGGACAACUGGAAGUGCACAGGCAUCCUGAAAGGAGACGGCAGCCCACUCACUGGCUCAUCUGGUCAGCCCACAGCCAUGAGCACUGUUGUUGGCUCCUCUGUUCAGACAUCCCAGAAUGCCCUGAACGGGAUGUCUGCAGGAAGGAUUGGCAAGAGAGCUCCCUUUGCCCCUCCCCUGCGGCAGCUGACCUCUCCAAAGAUAUACCAGCAUCCUGCAAAUUACUAAUGUGUCCUGUGCAGCAGCUACCAUUUGCCCUUGUGUUAAGGCAUUUGAAAUGUGUGUCAUGUCCUAGCUCAAUAAUUACUGUUUAAGGGCUCUGUGUUGAGAUGGAAACUGCAUGGUUUUGUGCUUCACAGCUUAUACUUUGUUUUGGUUCCAACAUGUCGUUUGCCAGGGCUUCACCUCUUUUUAAUAACAUUGCACAUACACCUUUAAAAAAAUAAAAAUAAACUUAUGACUACUCUAUAAGCCAUUUCCCUCUCUUUUUGAUUUCUAGGGCAUACAUGCAUCCUUUCUUUCUAUGUAUUCUCUCAUUUCUACUUCCUUUGAUGCGUUUCCCCACUGUAUUUCAUUGUCUUCUCCCUGUCCAUGGUUUUGUCGUCUACGUCUUCAUCCAUUUUU